CCUCAGUGUCUUGCUCUCUAUGUCGCAUUUGUAGCAUGGGAUGUCUUCUUCGGCCCACUGUCUCACAUCCCAGGUCCAAAGUUGUGGGCAGCGUCGAAUGUACCCAAGGCAAUCAUGAUUUGGACAGGCUCCGAGGCCCAAACCAUACAAAAGCUGCACGAACAGUAUGGUCCCGCUGUGAGGACUGCUUCCCGCGAACUCAGUUUCAAUGAUGCUGCUGCCUGGAAGGUCAUUUAUGGUCGCAGGACUGGUGGCAAAACCAAAACUUUUGAGAAAGACGACAAUUUCUACAUUACAGAUCCCAAAGCAGCCAGGCACAUCGGUAUUGCUGACGACCCCAACCACACUCGACAGCGCCAAAUCCUGGCAAACAGCUCUUCUGACAAGGCAUUACACGACCAAGAGCCUUUGCUCAAGCGAUGGGCUGGUGUGAUGGUAACGAAGUUGAAAGAAGUCGCUGCUGCUAACAAGGCAGUCGACAUGGUCUCCUAUUACAGUUUUACCACCUUUGGUGAACCACUAUAUAUGCUGGAGAAAUCCGAGUACGCGCCUUGGGUCAAACUAAUCUUCGGCAGCAUGAAGGUCAUUUCCAAACUGAUAGCGAUAAGACAGCUCCCUUUCAUGCCAUGGCUUCUCCCAAAACUAACACCAGAAUCCGUGCGCCGCAAACAGAGACAGAACGAAAAGUGGUCCGCUGAUCGAGUAGACCGCCGAUUAGCUCGUGACCCUGGCCAACCGGAUAUCUGGACAGAGGUCUUGAGACGAUCGGACGAUGGGCUGGGGGACGCUACAGCUGGCAUGUCGCUUCGCGAGAUGCAUACCAACGCCACCGUCUUCAUGAUUGCGGGCACGGAAACGACUGCGACGCUGCUCUCGGGUCUGACGUAUUAUCUCUUGAUCAAUCCAGACAAGCUGGCGAAGCUGGUGGCAGAGAUACGUGGUGCCUUCACUUUGGAAACUGACAUCACUGUCGAUGAGCUGGCGAGAUUACCAUAUCUCAGAGCGUGUGUUGAAGAAGGUCUACGCAUGUACCCACCCGUACCUGCCGGAUUGCCACGCAAAGUGCCCGAAGAGGGCGCCAUGAUCGCUGGCAAGUUUGUACCAGGCAAUGUCACCGUUUCGGUCAACUCUUGGGCCACCUAUCAAAGCACCACCAACUUUCGCAAUCCUACCAACUUUGUCCCUGAACGCUUCUUAGGGGAUCCAGAGUACGCGACCGACAAUAUCGCUGCACUACAACCAUUCAGCCUUGGACCUAGGAAUUGUCUUGGCAAGAAUCUGGCUUAUUUUGAGAUGCGUCUGCUGUUGACAAUGGUGCUGUUCAAUUUCGACUUGAGUUUGGAGGAGGCGAGCAAAGGCUGGGCAAAGCAGAAGGUUCUUAUCCUCUGGGACAAGAGACCGUUGAUGGUCAAGCUAACGGCUGUGAGAUGA